GUCUUCGUUCAAGGAAGGGGGUGAUAGAAGCAAGAGGGGAAGGGGGAGUUCCUUGUUAGAAAGGGAGGAGUGGGGGGGGAGGAAGGAGUAGGAGGAGAGGAGAAGGUGCCGACUGGUCAGUAGAAAGAGAUCUCGAGCUCGAAUGUUGAUUGCAUCAGAUGAUCACAAAGAAGCAAACGGCUAGCUGACGAUGGUGUCAGGAAAAGACAAUGUGCGAGGAGUCGGAGGGAGUGGAGGGGGAGGAGGAGCAGGAGGAGGAGGAGGAGUAGGAGGAGGAGGAGGAGUAGGAGGAGGAAUUGGUGGUGGUUUGAACGACAAGAAACUCAGCAUUGCCGUGGGUAUCGCUGUGGUCGUUGGGCUUGUUGCGUGCUUCUUGUUGAAAGGGGGGCUGCCUACGAUGGCGUUCGACAAAGGUUACGUCGGAGGGGAAGAGGUGAGCAGAGGCGUCAGCGAACCUGUGAGAGUGGGACCACCACCAGAAACCCUUUGCAACUGCACUGCAGGUGCUGAGAACAGAGCCAGAGUGGGGCCACCAGGAAGCGUGAAAAGUCAACGAGUUAAUCCGGAGAUCGAACCCGAUCCAACGGUCAACGAUGAGUUGAAUGGCAUCCUGGUGAACGUAGCAACUGACAGGGAAGUUAUUGUUGUCCUGUCAGAGGAAAACCAGCUGCCUAUGUUAGAGGUGUGGAUGGCCAGUGUGGGAAGGCUUCAAGUGACAAACCUCUUGGUAGUGGCCCUAGACGACAUGAUCGCUGCUUACUGUAGCGAAGUAGGGGUGCCGUUCUAUCGAAGAGAUGCUAGGGUGCCAGCAGCUCAGCAAGGCCUGGGAUCGAAUCACGCCAAAACUGUGUUCAAAUUCGAGUUGCUGAGGGAGUUUCUUGCAUUGGGUUAUGCAGUUCUGUUCUCGGACGUCGACGUAGUCUUUCUAGAGAACCCUUUCGAUCACUUGCGACGGGAUUGCGACGUGGAAGCAAUGACUGAUGGUACAGACAACGCCACGGCUUACGGGUACAAUGACGUGUCGGAUGAUCCCGCAAUGGGAUGGGCAAGAUACGCUUUCACUCUGCGAAUCUGGAUGCUCAACGUGGGAUUCUUCUACAUCCGGCCAACCAUUCCUUCGAUAGAACUCGUGGACCGCGUCAUGGUGAGAUUAGAGCGUGAGUCGGCAUGGGAGCAGGUGGUAUUCAACGAGGAGCUGUGCUUCCCCAGCACACCCGUAAAGCAGGGAUUGCAGGCGUCGAGAAGGGUGAUGGACUACCUGUUGUUCAUGAACAGCAAGCUAUUGUUCAAGAUUCUCCGAAAGGAUCUCGCGCAGAUGAAGCUGGUCAAGCCCGUCAUCAUCCACGUCAAUUUUCACCCCAAUAAGCUUCAGCGCAUGCGUGCCAUUUUAGACUACUACGUACACGGAAAGUCGAACGCGCUCGAUCCUUUCCCUGAUGGAUCCGACUAACGGUAACGGUAACGGUCAUGGUAAGGCUAUCAAUCAACAAGCCAAACCUGG